CAAUCACGGGUCCUUUCAUAUAUUUCAUGAUCGGAAAUGAAGGCAUGAAUACCGAUUCGAAACCAAUAUGAACAUUAUUUUCCUUAUUGCUAUUGCCAUUAUUUUCCAGACUGUAAUAUUUACGUCGCUUGUACACAGAGACCUUGUGGAAAAGAGCCUACCAGAAGCUGGUUCCUCGUCACCUUUUCAAGAUCCGACGUUGGUCCAGAACGCUGAAAGCGAAAUUUCCUCCCCGUCAAAAAUUAGAAACAAUGGUGCGGUUCUGGUUAUUGCUUCCGUACCGCUAGAAGAAAAACAAGUUGUUGCCCUCUGGACAGAACUCGAAUGUUUCACGGGGUCGGCAAGUCAUGUCGUGAUUUCAACUGCGUAUUGGGCUAAACCAACUAUGGAUCUUCUAUUGGCUCGCGUUCGAAAGAAGAUACCGCGGUUUGCCUCCGGUCAAGUAACGAUUGAAGCUCAUUUCUACGAUAACGAACGCUAUGAUGUUGGUCUUUGGUGUGACGCCCUACAAGGAUUGAAGGAAGGAUAUGAUAACUUUGCUCUUUUGAACGAUAGUAUAUUUGCUUUGCGAGAAUUUAAUGGGGUUCUCGAUACGCUUCAGUCUAAUAAGAGUCUCUCCAUGACUUCCUUGACAUACAACGUAGACAAGGAAAAUCGGACGUGGCUUGAGUCAGUUUUUCGUGGAUUCGACGGCGAAGGUUUGUCUGUUUUCAUGAACCACUCGUGUGUACCCCAAACGCACCAAUCUUUCUGCAAAAACCUUCAUCGAAAGAACAAAGCAAAGCAAAAAACCGUACAGAGGUUGCGUAAACGAUGUAUCACCACUUAUCACGAAGUUUCGAUGGCAUGGCAAUUUCCAAGACCGCAAGAGCAAGUCCUUGGAUUGUACAAUGGAACGGUUCCUGAGGACAUGAAAUCGGAUGAGACCAGCCGUUUUCCAACGUGGGUCGUACAUGCGCCAUAUUGGAAGGAAAUUCUUGUUGGGAAAAACGAUUUUCCUGCUGCGAAAGUCAAUCAGGAGAGCAUGAUUGCAACUACGGAAGACCCACGAUUAAAAAAAUGCACCCGCUUUCUGAAUCGAUCGUUGAUGGACGAAAUCGACUUUUCAGUGGGAAAGCGCUCGAUAACUUAUUAAAAAUUUCGCCGAAGUGUUGUAAAAUCGAAAUCUAAUGAUUGCAAUCUACUUGAAAAGCUUUCGAUAAAACUAGUACUGCAAC